AUGUUUAACCAUGAUUGGAAGUACUCCAUUAAUUCUAAGACUUUCGCUGACCUAAACAUUGAAUUAUUCCGAAACCACAAGUUUAAAACUGUUUUAAAUUAUCUAAUAGGUGUAGUUGGGUGGAAUGGAUUGAAAGUGGCUCUUUUUGUUUCUGACGUUUACACAUGUAUUAAAUUAUUGGCAUUCAACUCCUGGUCAAAUAACAUCAUCAAGCCAUACUUAUCUUUCAAAAUAUCCAAAUGGUUGUUUAGUGGCUGUAUUUUAGCAUCCAUUGUACUAUUGAUAUGGGAGGCUAUAGCAGGGAUGAGGAUUUACAGAACGGGAAAUAUCUCAUUGACUUAUGUCAACAAUUUUUCCAGAAACCUAAAUUCAGUGCUCAAUUAUUCCAAGUUUUGUGUUUAUAAUAUGAUCGAACGAAAAGGUUUUCGACAAAAAAUGACUUUUUUUACUUUUUUCCAACUAAAAGAUUGUAUCAGGUUAAUUUUCACGGAUACUCCAAGGCAAGUUAUCAAUGGUCUUACACUAUGGUCAGUUCUCGUGACAGUGAAUAAAAACGAGGAUCUAGGCGACCUGGAAUCAUUUACUGGCUUAAUCAACAAAAUAAAGAACAUUGGUCAGACUAAUCAUGAAGAAGCAGUGAUAUUGUCGCUCAUGCUGUUUUCGUUCAUCAUUUGGGCUUUAUUUGUUUUCAAGUUCUUGCUUGCUAUCGUUUGCUCGAUUUUUGUCUAUUAUAAAAUAAUCAAUGACCAGCAAUACAGCGGGUUGCGUGAAUAUAUUUGUGUUACCGUCAGCGAGAAUGUUGAUGAACUUGUUGAAAGACAAAGGAAAAAGGAAAAUGAUAACACAAUUUAUAAGACAGGCCUACUCGAAUCCCAGACUUUUGAUGACUUUAAAGAAGUUGAAAAUACAGUCGAGUCGUCUUUUAAUGAUACAUCAUACACCUCUAAUAACGAUUCUACGAUUGAACUAAUAGAGAGAAGGCCUGAAUGUAUAAGUCAAGAUGCAUGUGGGCCUAUUUCCACAAUGAAAAAAACAGAAACAAUGGAAUCGUUUGUCGAUAAUUCCAAUCCACAAUAUGCCACUAGAUUUUCUGCAAUUUUAGACUCACCAUAUAUCAAUAGCUACAAUGGCAAUAAUAUAGAGAAAACAAAAACGCAAAAAAGAAGCGUUGUAGAUACUCCGAAGUAUGAGGAUUUGUCUUCCUCUGGAAAUUUUAACCAAAUACCCUUUACUACUAGGUUAUUAAAAUCUACAACUUCUACGGAAUUUCGUCAGCCAUUAGAUUCAAUACCAAAUACGAGUAACAACCUCCAAAAAUUGAAUAGUAACAGUAGUAGACCUAGACCACCUCGCUUACAGACAAGCGGUUUGAUGAAUUUGAACGCUGCUUCAAAUGAUAAUGAAAGGAUUUAUACUCCAAUGAAGGCGUACUUCAGGGAAGCUGAUCUUCCGAGGAAAGGUUUGCUAGAAGAUGAAGAUCGUGCAUUCUUUUAUACUUAA